AUGGCGACCCAGCCGCAGAACGAUAUACAGCCUGGCAUCCAGCCGUAUGGCAUAGAGCCAGUCCAGUCCCCCCCGCCAACGUACCGCGAGAAGCACGACCAGCCGCAGCCCAGCAGCGUCGAACGCCAGGUGGUCCACGAGCAGCCCAGCAUCGAGCCAAAUCGGAUCUCCUACGUCGCCGGGCCGAAGUAUUCUCUCCCACUGAACGAGUUGGGCGAGACAUCGGAAUGGGUGGAUUGCCCCUACUGCAUGAAGAGAACACAGACGGAGGUUAGGAAGGAGCACUCGUCUAUGACAUUGUAG